ACAGGUCCAUAGCAUUCAACUCCAUAUCUAUUCAUAUAAUUGAGGUCCAUCAUCUACGGAUAAGAACUUGAAUCACGUCCGUCCAUCUUCCCAGUAAAAAGAUCACUUUGAUUCUCUGUCACUAUGAGUCCAAAAAUCGUCGCCUCAAAAGAUAUCAAACGCACAGAGAAGGAGAAGUAGGUGAAAUCUGAAAAGAGAUGGAACGGCUCAAGUGCUCUGCAAAAUACGUCCCUCUUACUCCAAUCAGUUUCCUGGAACGCUCGGCGAUUGUUUACCGAGACAAACUAUCCGUCGUCUAUGGCGAUGUCAAGUAUACCUGGAGAGAGACUUACCAGAGGUGCAUCAAGCUCGCUUCUGCUCUCGCCCACCACGGGAUUUCCCGUGGCGAUGUGGUUGCUGCAUUGGCUCCAAAUAUUCCAGCAUUAUUUGAACUGCACUUUGGCGUUCCAAUGGCUGGGGCAGUUCUUUGUACACUAAAUAUACGCCAUGAUUCAGCAAUGGUGUCUGUGUUACUGAGACAUUCAGAGGCCAAAGCCAUUUUUGUGGACUACCAAUUUCUGCCAAUUGCUCAGGGAGCUCUGGAACUUCUAACCAAGACGGGAUCCAAGCUGCCCUUCAUUGUCUUGAUCCAGGACUGUAAUCAACCAGCUCCUAUCUCCUCUAAAGGGAACUUAGAGUAUGAGAGUCUUCUAGCAAUGGGAAAACUGGAUUUUGAGAUAAUACGACCAAAUGUUGAAUGGGAUCCUAUUUCACUUAAUUAUACUCCUAUUUCAACUUAA